UUUGUUACAAACAUUUGUUGAGAGUGCACGCUUCGCGUUGUUUUGUAUCGAGAAUAUAAUAAUGGGUUCUGCUACUAUCCUGCUGUCUGUCGUGGCUGUGGUGGUGAUGGUGUCCUACACUGAAGCUGCCGGCAACUGCCCUCUCCCGUCGAAGGUGUACGGUUGCAGCCCCAAGUGUGUCCAGGACUACGAGUGCAGCCACGGUAAGGUGUGCUGCUCCAACUCCUGCAACGCCAAAUCCUGCACUGAACCAGCUGCCAAUGGCGCUGGCUCUCAUAGCUCCAGCAAAUACCAGACGGGUGGAGCCGGGCAGUACUGCGACAACGUGAAGUGCAACUCUUUCGAAGUAUGCAAGAUGGACCCCUCUACUAAACGCCUGAAGUGCAGCAGACCUUAAGACUGUCUACUAAUUAAAUAAUCUACAUAAGUACUCAUUAUUACUCAAUAAAACUUAAUGAUUUUAAA